CUAAGCAUAAGUUCCUUAAACCCACGCCAUUUUCACCUUCCAAUAACCAAACAAUCCCCAACAUACCAUCCUCUAUAUUCUACAAAAUCCAUCAACGUAGCAUCAAGUUACUAGGAAAUAAAAAGGGGGAAUUACAAAAAGUUAGCGAAAAAAGAGAAAAAAAUAUAAACUUGUUAUAUUAAAGGGGUACGCAUAUUUACCAAAAUGGCUGUAGUUUCAUCAUCAGACAAGGAGAAAGAGGUUGAGACAGUGAUUAUAGGAAGUUACAUAGAAAUGGAGAAAGAUGAAGCUAAGCCUUCAAGCUUUAAAUCUGCUUUCUCUAACUUCCUUUGGCAUGGUGGUUCUACUUAUGAUGCUUGGUUUAGCUGUGCUUCCAAUCAGGUAGCACAAGUGCUGUUGACACUACCAUACUCAUUCUCACAACUAGGGAUGUUAUCAGGAAUUGCAUUCCAGCUAUUUUAUGGUAUAUUAGGAAGUUGGACUGCUUAUUUAAUUAGUAUCCUUUAUGUUGAGUAUAGAACUAGGAAGGAGAGAGAAAAGGUUGAUUUCAGGAAUCAUGUCAUUCAGUGGUUUGAGGUGCUAGAUGGGCUACUAGGGAAACAUUGGAGAAAUGUUGGUUUGGCAUUUAACUGCACUUUUCUUCUGUUUGGAUCUGUAAUUCAACUUAUUGCAUGCGCAAGCAACAUAUACUACAUAAAUGAUAAUCUGGACAAAAGAACUUGGACCUACAUCUUUGGUGCAUGCUGUGCGACCACUGUGUUUAUUCCUUCUUUUCACAACUACAGAAUUUGGUCUUUCCUUGGUUUAGUCAUGACUACCUAUACUGCUUGGUAUCUAACCAUUGCUUCUUAUCUUCAUGGCCAGGUGGAGGGAGUGAAGCACUCAGGGCCGACCAAGUUGGUGCUAUACUUCACAGGGGCCACAAACAUUCUUUACACGUUUGGAGGACAUGCUGUUACUGUGGAGGUAAUGCACGCAAUGUGGAAGCCACAGAAGUUCAAAGCCAUAUAUCUACUUGCUACAAUAUAUGUGCUUACCUUGACCCUCCCCUCAGCAUCAGCAGUAUAUUGGGCAUUUGGAGACAUGCUUCUUGAUCACUCCAACGCUUUCUCUCUCCUCCCUCGCUCUCCUUACCGCGACAUGGCUGUCAUUCUCAUGCUCAUCCACCAGUUUAUUACGUUUGGAUUUGCAUGCACACCUUUGUAUUUCGUAUGGGAGAAGGCAAUAGGGUUGCAUGAUUGUAAGAGUAUGUGUAAACGAGCAGCUGCAAGACUUCCCGUUGUCGUCCCAAUUUGGUUCUUGGCCAUAAUUUUCCCUUUCUUCGGACCCAUUAAUUCCGCCGUUGGAUCACUCCUUGUUAGCUUCACCGUCUAUAUCAUCCCCGCCUUAGCUCACAUGUUCACCUUUCGGUCUGCCGCUGCCCGCGAGAGCGCAGUGGAGCAACCACCUAAAUUUGUAGGAAGGUGGGCAGGAUCAUUUGCCAUAAAUAUCUUUGUGGUAAUAUGGGUGCUUAUAGUUGGGUUUGGUUUUGGAGGAUGGGCUAGCAUGAUCAAUUUUGUACACCAAAUUGACACAUUUGGAUUGUUCACUAAAUGUUACCAAUGCCCUUCGCCUAAAGUUGCCAAUGUCACCGCUCCUUCGCCUACGCCGGUUAACCUCAACCACACUCACCACCUUGUCCAUCGCCUUUGAUCGAUCAGUUUUGCUAGGGCGUGAUUAGUCAAUUACAUGCGUUAUGAAUUCGGGUCAUCGACUGUGGUUAUAGUGUUUAGAGGCAAAAUGCAUGAUGCAAUGUACGUCUUUUGAGUUGUCAUGAGUCAAAUAUUGAGCUACUAGAUGAAUUGAUAUCAGAGGUUUGAAGGUGGAUGGCUUAGUUUGAGAAAGUGAAUUAGAAAAAGGAAAAUUUUAGAUUAGAUCUUUGUUAUGAUUUUGAAAAUCUCUUGUAUGAAAUAUUUUGAGAGUAUGUAAUUUAGCGAUGAGUAACGGCUUCCAAAAAAGGAUAUGCUAUGUCUUUCUCUACUAUCUUUUGGCUUACAUCUUUAUCUUUCAAUAAUUUUGAAUUUAUGGUAUCUUAUAA